AUGCAUCAGCACGCCGGUAGUCAUGGUCCGCAUCUUGCACAGCUGGUCAACCAGCUCGUUUCGCAAAUUGCGCCCUUCUCGGGCCUCAUUCUUACCAUUGCUGCCUGCAUCCUCGCCGCCAUCCGCAUCUACCUCCUCGACCUCGUCGUCAUUCCCAAGUUCUACUCGCCUCGAGUCCUGAAAGACCUCACUGAUGCUCAAUUACGGAGCUUCGUGAACCAUCACGUAGCGGCCGGAACCAAGAUUUUGCUCAUCAUCGUGACGGCUUACCCACUGCUCGCUAUUCUUGUCGGCUACGGAACACCGCACACGCCCUUCUCUCCAGGAUCAUCGACGACUCUUGGAGACGUGUUGAUUGUCUCGUCGCAAAUCUUUACCGUCAUGUACAUCUUUGAGCUCUUUUACCGCGAUAAUAUCUCGCCCAUCAGUUUCGCUCACCAUGUUGGCGCAAUCAUCAUUGCACAGUCAGCCAUUGCCAUGAGCAUCGACUUUGAUCACCAAAGCGAUGCUGUGUACGAGUUUAUUCUUUGCUUCAUCUGGGGUAUGAUUCUUCCGCCACGCUCUCCCUCAGUUUCGCUGCCGACAUGGCCCAUUAACGCGAGCACAGGCACUUUCGAUGUUUUGGCCGAACUCUGGCCUCACAUCGCCAUGAUCAUCUACCGCACUCACAACUCGAAUCACGUACUGCUCUCUCGAUUAUUUUAUACUACCAUGGCUCUGGAGCUUGUUGGUACCACGGUGGAAACCGUUGUUGUCAUGUGGCUGUUUGGAAGCCUUUGGGACAAAUGGAGCUUAUCGCUCAAGAUUGUGACGCCCCUUCUGCACUUUUUAUUUUCGGCGGCCCAGCUCUGGGGGGCAUGGAUCUUCUACAAGCUAGCCAAGGAUCAGCGAUUACGGCACGUGCAAGGUGCCAAGAAUUGA